AUGCAUGGAAUAACAGCAUCUUCGUCUGUUAGUAGGAACACACAUGCGAAUAAGAGAAAUGAAGCGCGUAAAUUCAUAAAUGAAGGAAGAUUCCUCAAAGCACUAAAUAUUUAUGAAGAAAUUUAUAGGUACAGCGGGUCUACCAAAAACUGUCAGGAAAAUUGGACAAUUUCUCGUAUAUGUAGUAUAAAUAAAAAUUAUAAAGAUUAUAGACUACGAGAUGAAGGAUGUGAAUCAAAUGCAUAG